AUGACUGACGGGUAUAAGGUGAGCUUAGGCGGCGCAGGAGGCGCUGGUGGCCGUGGUGUGGACGUGAUUACUGAUCACGAAGGCGAAGUUGUGGGCAUUGCUGUAAGUCAGGUGGCGCAGGUGUACACAAUGGUGGACCGAAUCCUAAGCAGCCCAAGGAUAUUGGCAUUGCCGCUUUCAGAUCGAUAUACAUUGGCAGGGAAGGUGGCUGCUGUGCCCGACGAACACGCGCGGCUCAUUGAGCGUUUGGCUUCGGCGAUUGCCACUGCUUUUAGCGAGGCUGGAGCCCUCAACGCGCUCUAUCUCAUAGAGAUUUGCAAGGAGUUGGUGCCGGGCUUUAAGGACAAGCUUCCCGAAGGCCGCCUGGAGAAGGCAGCUGAGUUAACGCCACACCAGCGAGCCAAGGACUUCGUGCUGCAGAACCAAAGGCCCUUGGAGUGGGAUCUCAGAGCUGAUGAGCAGAAACCCGCCGUGAUCCUUCUCCCUGAGGAAGACACAGAUCUGCUGACGGAGACAGGCCGUGCAGUAGGUGAUGCUACCAAGUUUGUUGGUGGAGCGGCAUUCGGAGGCGUCGGACUCGUCACUGACACUCUGGGCAUCACUAAGAACGCCGAGGACAAGCUCGCCUCGACAGCGGAGGAUGCCGUGGACCUUGUCGGCUCAGGGGUCAGCAGCGUGGUAGGCGCCGUCGAUCAGGGCUUGGACGGUACUGCCAAAGACCUCCAACGCAAAGGUGUCGUUGGAGCAGUUGGUGAUGGCGUGGCUGAUGCCGUGGACAUAGUGUCAGACUUCGUGAGCGACACGGUGACUGGCAUUGCGGAUGGUGUUCACGGGAUCUUGAAUUUUGCCACCGGCACAGAUGAGAAAGCUGUGCCAGUGCAGGAGACUCAUCUUGUGAAGAUAGUCAUUGCAGAGCUUAUCGGUGCCGAGAAGACGCUCGGCCUUCGGAUAGAAAGUCGUGUCGUCACAGCGUUCACGCGAGAGCAGGCAGCCCGCUUUGGGUGGCGACUUGGUGACUGUAUCCUGGCAGUCGGACGCCAGCGAGUUCCCACGCAGGAAGCGCUCCUGGCUGGAAUCGCCAGUUGCAAGGAGGCCCUCCGAACGAAUGGGACACCUAUUGAGUUCCUGGUGGAGAGGAUGGGCAACCGACCGUAG